AUGUCCAUUCGCCACCCUCGUGCUGUACCCUGGAUGCGAUAUCAAAGCUUUAGACGAGGCUUUGUUUUACUCCUGCUUGGAAGAAGCGCAAUACAGAGUGCUAUCAUCUAUAUGACGCAGUUAUGGUCGUAUCUAAGCUACGCGUCAUCACCACGAAUUCCCCUUCCUUAUCGAAGCCCUGAUGAAGGCGGACGGACCGCCGAAACAUUGGCUUAUCGCGUAAUAAAGUCUUGCUACCAACCUUGGUCGCCAGCUAAAAAACUGUAUCACAACCGAGAUAUUGACAGUUUCCCUUUGCACACAUCAGCUUCAAAACAUUGUCAACAUUUUUACAAUUUUAAAAUUUCAAAACGAGUAUAA